AUGCUUGUGGUCUUUGGGUAUCCUUUCGUAAUAGCCGCACUGUCGGCGAGCUUCGCAUGGGGAGCACCAGCGCCAGCACCAUGGCCGCCAAAAACUGGCGCUACAUGGCCAGACACGCCUUUCACGGUCUCUGGUCGUGAUAUCAUAUCCGCCUCCGGAGCCAAGGUCGUCUACGCUGGUGUGAACUGGCCAGGCGCUGCAGAUACUAUGCUACCAGAAGGCCUACAAUAUGCCUCCAUUGACAGUAUCGCCAGCUUCAUCUCCAAGCUGGGCAUGAAUGUUGUUCGUCUGACGUACGCCAUCGAGAUGAUUGACGAUCAUUUCGCCAACAGCCCGCAUCAAUCGCUUCGGAACACAUUGGUCAAAGCACUCGGUUCGAAAGCUGGCAAUACUGUACUUAGUCAGAUACUCGCAAACAAUCCGCAGUUCAAUGUCUCGUCCACAAGACUCGAUGUGUUUGAUGCGGUCGCUGCCGGGCUUGCGCAAUAUCAGAUCUAUGUCCACCUAGACAACCAUGUCUCCAAGGCUCAGUGGUGCUGCAAUAAUAAUGAUGGCAAUGCUUGGUUUGGUGACACCUAUUUCAGCGUUCAGAAAUGGCAUCGUGGUCUCGGCUUCAUGGCCGCUCAUGCGGCAAGCUGGCAAGGGUUUGCGUCUAUGUCUUUGCGCAACGAGCUGCGUCAGCCCGACUCAGACAGUCCCGCCUCUCCUUAUACAUGGAACACGUGGAUCAAGAACGCGCUGCCAGCCGCCUCGGUGAUACACAAGCACAACCCGUCGCCACUCAUCUUCUUCUCCGGAGAAGGGUACAACACCGAUGACACAUACGCCAUCCAACGCCAGACGUGGAACCACAAGACUUUCACCCCGGAGAAGUACGCUUUCCGGAACAAGGUUGUCUACGAGAUCCACAACUAUCAGACCAAGGCAAAAUCAUGCUCGAAUGACAUACAGCCCAGACUUUACCAUACUGCAUACUGCGCAAUGAACCUCAGCGACAGCUCGUGCCCUAAUCAUGGCCCGGUAAUCAUGACCGAGUUCGGCUUCGAUCAGACUGAUAGCAGCGACCAGAGUGUUUAUGCUCAGUGCAUCUCAUCCACGCUCCUACAGCAGCCGGGAGGACCGGGUGGCUGGAUGCAGUGGGUGCUUGCGGGUAGCUACUACAUUCGGUCCGGUAUCAAGGAUUACGAUGAGACAUGGGGUCUUCUCAACCAUGAUUGGAGCGACUUCAGGAACCGAUCUGUGAUCGAUGAUUACCUUAGGCCAUUCGUGGCGGCCACCCUGAAACCUACGGUAGCAAAGAAUAGCAGUAAUGACUUUGGAUAG